CCGCGCGGCAACUCGUGUGUCGCGCGCCUCGGCAGCAUUGUACUGGCGCCCGGAGCGAACAGAAGUUAGUUUGUGCCACACUUCAGCAGGCUUCACCCACGGAGGGCUUUUUUUUGUAGUUUUAGUUAGAUUCAUGCAGGUUCAUCUUCGACGUUGAUGUUAGCGAGCUCGACUGCUGCAUUGACGCCUUUUGAAGGAGCUGCCGACCGCCGAGUUCACCCGCAGAAGCCGACUCCUGCCGUGGAGAAGUUAUUGUUGUGUGCGCCCCGCGGGGUUUAAAGUUCAGCUAACAGUAGCGUCACCGGCUACCUAGCAGGUUGUUAGCCCCGAUAAAACUUUGGAAGCUCGCAAUGGCAGCUGUGUGCCAAACACGACGCGCCUUGGUGGAAAUACCUGCCCCACAGCCUAAAAUUGCAGCUCGAAUGAGGAGAUCAUACCUAGAAAUUCUGAGUGCUCGUCUGGAUCCAUCUCCAGCUCCAAGAGGGACAAAUUCAGCCACAAACCCAAAGCGUGUCCAGUCAUUGGACUUUGGUGCCAUGUGGAGUCGGGGGAUCCAGGAGCAGUGUGAGAAGAUGGACGAGCACCAUACCCCACUCUCCAAACAGCAGCUUGUGCAGCUCAUCAGAUCCCUCAUCUUAGUCGAACAGAGUCAAGAGCCCAGGAUCCUGGCGUCAGACCUGAAGUAUCUGCAGGAAGACCUACAGCUGAAGAAAACAAAUGUUUACAGGUCGAUACCCUACUCACGGUUUGGCUCCAACAGGGACGCUCACUGCUACAGAAAAGCAUAUCCGCACCUGCUGUCAUUUAAGGUUUCGUGUCAAGAGUGGGGCCAGGUUCUUCUGAGGAACAAAGAGUGGGACGCUGUGUUGGAACACACACUGAUGGCGUGGCGCUACACCAGCGACUUGCCGCAGUGGGACACCGUGAACCACAAUGCACUGAGAGAACAGUGUUACAGCAUUUUGGCUGCUCACAGCCUCACUGCUCUGCAGCAUUACCACCCUGAACCCAUCAGAGGACGCGAGCUGCUCAGAAGGUUGAAGAUGGCUCAGUUGCACAGCCAGUCUAUUGUGCCCUGUAUUCAGGAGUUGCAAAGGGUUCUGGGGUGUGCUGAUGACUCCUCCAUGGACACAAAAUAAUAACAUGAGAAACACUAUGUAACAGCUGGCUACUCCUCAAUGGAAAUGUGCUUCGUAGAUGACCCAAAUGAUUUAUGUGGUUCAGGGUCAAAAUGUUUCACAUGGUUUCCUCCAAGGGUGGGUCGGAACUGAAAAUGUAAUGAGUGACAGGUGAUGCAGCUUUCAAAAGGUCAUGGAAACUGAUUCCUAAAUGGUUGAAAACACAAUCAAACCUCUUAUUUAAUCACAAUGCAUUUUCACAUCAACUGGAAAGUAUUAUUACUCUCGUAACAAUUGUUGGUGGCCUUGCCUCAUAAUGUAUUGUAUGUAUGUAUGUACCCAACAGCUUUAGAAACAAAACAUGUUUUCUUUCCGGAAGAACAUUCAUAUUGUGAGAAAUGUUGAGUUAUCAAUAUAAUUAAAAUGUAUAUUUUUAGUAUUUUGUAUAGAAUAACUUUUGCAUUGACCAUUUGAAAUGGUUGAAGUAUGAGAUUGCUGUUGUUGCCUAAAUGAGGGUGUAUGUGUGUAUAUAUGUUCUUGUUACUAUUCAAAAUACUUGAAAUUGUGGCCUUUGUUAUGUUGUCACUGUAGUUAUAUUUUAUGUUUGUCUAGUUUAUAGGGAAUUGUCCUCGUCUCUGAUUGCACUGUCGCUGUUUGUCCUGAAGACUUGAAGAUUUUUGAUAAAAUAGACCCUAAUUUCAAUAAAGUCGUAACUUUAUACUUGCAAA